AUGUCGGGCUUUGAAAUCGUUGGCGUCAUUGUGAGCGCCGUCCCCAUCGUGGCCAAGGUCAUCAAGCAUUUUGGGUCACAGCGAAAUGCGCCCCGCCAGGUCGAACGCCUGUCGCGGAUCCUCGCCGAGCUCCAAGAUGAGCGGCUUCAGAGGUUUGCGAAACCUGAAGAGCAGAAGAACAUUCACGACAUGGUGAACCGGUGCACCGACAUUCUUGAGAGGGAGACAACGAGCCAGAAGGGCCGCGUCUGGAAGUUCUUCUGGUCGGCCGACGCAGAGAAGCAGCUCAAGGAGCACAACGACGAGCUCGAGAACGAGCUGGACCGAAUCCUGCGCCGCGUGCACUUGUGGGCAGGCCUUCCAACAACGCCGCCUGCGACAGGCUCGUCUUCUGCCGGCGCUCCUGAAAUACGAACACCGCCACCGUAUUCGUCGCCGGUGUUGGAAGCACAAGCGUUUGUACCACCGCCGUCCUCGUCGCCGUAUCUAGAAGCAAAAGCGGUCGUACGGCCGCCUAGUACCCUGUCUGCCCCAGGUUCCCGACGAAAUUCCAGAAGAGGAUCCGUCGAAGCACUGGAGCUCCCUACCACACUGUGCCUGCAAAACCCUUACGGACAACGCAUCGGCGAGAGACUCAAGCUCAAGACACUUACCAUCCUCGAGCGGGACGAUACCUGGCGGAGGAUCCAGUACGUCGGCCACGGACUAGGGGGUGUCGAAAUCCGCAUCACGCAUAGAAUUCCCCGCGGCAACAUCUGGUUCGAAGAUGAAGACAUGGAAGACCGGUCCGUUUCGUUCCUCGAACCCCACGACAUCACGGUGCAAAACGCCGAGGGAUACAAGGUCUACCGGGCCUACUCGCUCUACGAAUUCGGCACUGUCGAGCACCGCGAGCUGUUUCUGGUCAACGUGCGCGAGCGCGAGCUCCUGGGCCGCUACUUCGCCGAGAAGAUCUGGGAAAGGGGCGAACUGAUUGCCCAGCAAAAGGUUGUGCGGCUAUGGAAAAAGAAGGUAUCGGACAUUUUCCAGAAGACAACCCUCUCCUUCAUCGGACGGGACCAGAAGCCAUAUGAACGGCCACUCACCGACUUCCACCGGAGCCCGACGCUGCAAGGGGACCGAGUCGAGUUGGUGGACGGGGCGCGUGGCGUGAAAACCACCCUUGAGUUCCGUCCACAGCCAAGGGUGAAGCCUGCGAGAGACGCCGGCGCCAUCGAAUCGGACGCAGCACGCUUCAAGGCAGCCUUUGAAGCCAGCCAUCCCUCCACGUCCACGUGGAACCCCCAGGCCUUGCCCCUGAGCCCAAUCGGCUUCGAGCCAUUGGACACCAAGGAAUUUACCCCAAGGGCCUCCACGCCUUCUCCCUGCUUACCAGAGUUGGUCCUGAGUACCUCGCGCGCCCCGACUUUAUCCACCAUUAGCGUCCCAUCUGCCUACCUUUCUAUUUUCCCAGACGAGACAGACCGGCCUGCUUCCCCCACGGAAAAGGACAUCAGAUGA